AUGGAACAAUUCUUGAGACAGGCUGUAGUCCUGCAAGAUCUAUAUGGCGUUGCCUGGUUUCAAAAUUUUGCAAUCAAGAUAAAAAGGUAUGCUGCUGUUGCUAGCACCGAUACUGCUACUAUAGACAAGUUCAAGGAUGAUAUCUUUGAAGCCGUUCUGUGCAACUGCGAUCAAAUGAGAACAGCUCCUCUGAUGCUGGAUCUUCAGACAAACUAUUGCAGGGAAGUGGAUUAUUAUCCAAAGACGGUCAGCAUAGCACAAGAUAUGUUGAAGAUUCACAUGGAUGUGAUUAAAAAUCCGGGAGUGAACCUCUGUAUCAAGGAAAAGACCAACCUAAUAAAGAUCCAAUGGAAGAAUCCUGAUCAAUAUAUUGAUUAUGGGAAGAAGCUCAAUCUCAAUCAGAUUGGAGCAACUAUCCCAGCUACUGUUCCAGCUAUAGUUCCUGGAACUUCAGCAUCCACAAGUGGAGCAUCAAGUGUUGCAGGAACCGUUAACACACCUUUGCGACUUGCUGGUACUACAGGGAAUCAGAUGAUGCAAGUUCCAGCAGAAAUGCAACUGGUUUAG